GUGUACUAACAUAAUUUACGGAUUUCCAUGAUCUCACCAAAAGGAUCCGUAGAGGAUCCUGCUGGCCACUUCAGGUCAUCAACUUUACUCUUCACCAGUCCAACCUUCAUCAGAAAUCACCCAACUUCUUCCCUUCAACGCGGUUUUCAAUAUUGGUUUUUUAAAGUUGGUUGCUUUUUCUUGUUCUGGGAACCGAUCGAAGCAAAAAUGUUCAAGCGGGUGUUUGGGAAAGCUAAGCAGGAGGCCAAUCCCCUGCCCACGAUUCACAAAUUAAACGAUACACUUGAGAUGCUGGAGAAGAAGGAGAAAGUGCUUGUGAAGAAGGCAGCUCAAGAGGUUGAGAAAGCUAAACAAUUUACUCAAGCAAAAAACCGAAAUGCGGCGAUAAAGUGUUUAAAAAGGAAGAGACUUUACGAACAACAAAUUGAACAGCUUGGGAAUUUCCAAUUGCGCAUUCACGAUCAGAUGAUAAUGCUGGAAGGUGCAAACGCUACGACAGAAACUGUUGAUGCAUUGAGAAGUGGAACCGCUGUAAUGAAGGCCAUGAACAAGGCCACGAAAAUUGAGGAUUUGGAGAAAACAAUGGAUGAGAUCAAUGACCAAACUGAAAGCAUGAAACAGAUUCAGGAGGCACUGUCAGCACCUAUCGGUGCAGCAGCUGAUUUCGAUGAGGAUGAAUUGGAGGCCGAGCUUGAAGAACUAGAAGGAGCUGAAUUGGAGGAGGAGCUUCUCCAGCCAGCCACGAGUGCUCCGGCAGCUCCAGUAUAUGUAAAUCCUGAAGCAGGCAGGCAACCAACCCGACCAGCUCCUCAGAGAAAUAACCGUGAGGAAGAUGAGCUUGCUGCAUUACAGGCAGAGAUGGCACUUUAAGCAGUUAUAUACGUGUAUCAGUUGAUGAGCCGCCCUUCGUUAUGUUAAUUCCAUUCAUUUUGACGGGUUUCAUCUCUCGGCGUGUAGUAGUAACAUGUAGCAGGAGACGUUUAAUAAACUAUGGGAUGGUGCGAAUCUCUCGGACUCUCCAGACUGACCAGUAGACCUUUUUACCGCAUUUGAUGAUUGUGAGGAGACACUGUAUGUAUAAUUUUAAGCAGAUAAAAGUGUGUACUAUGUAAUUUACUCGACUUGUAAAACUAUACCGGGAACGUUUGGCCCUCGAAUCCCGGUUCAAUGACUAAAAAACCAGAUGGGAAUACAACGUUAUGUCUUAGUGAUACAAUUAUGUAUGUCCUUUUAUGUCAAUGUUAAUGUUUUUCUUUUAGUCCAUGUCAA